AGUCGCUCGGAACUGCCGACCCGAGUGCUUCCCGCAGAGGGCUGGUGGUGGGAGCGGAGUGGGUCGGGCGGGGCCGAGCCGGGCCGUGGGCCGUGUGGGGGCCGGGCGGCGGCCGGGCCGGCGGACGGCGGGAUGGGCUGCACCGUGAGCGCCGAGGACAAGGCGGCGGCCGAGCGCUCUAAGAUGAUCGACAAGAACCUGCGGGAGGACGGAGAGAAGGCGGCGCGGGAGGUGAAGUUGCUGCUGUUGGGUGCUGGGGAGUCAGGGAAGAGCACCAUCGUCAAGCAGAUGAAGAUCAUCCACGAGGACGGCUACUCUGAGGAGGAAUGCCGGCAGUACCGGGCGGUUGUCUACAGCAACACCAUCCAGUCCAUCAUGGCCAUUGUCAAAGCCAUGGGCAACCUGCAGAUCGACUUUGCCGACCCCUCCAGAGCGGACGACGCCAGGCAGCUAUUUGCACUGUCCUGCACCGCCGAGGAGCAAGGCGUGCUCCCUGAUGACCUGUCCGGCGUCAUCCGGAGGCUCUGGGCUGACCACGGUGUGCAGGCCUGCUUUGGCCGCUCAAGGGAAUACCAGCUCAACGACUCAGCUGCCUACUAUCUGAACGACCUGGAGCGUAUUGCACAGAGUGACUACAUCCCCACACAGCAAGAUGUGCUACGGACCCGCGUAAAGACCACGGGGAUCGUGGAGACACACUUCACCUUCAAGGACCUACACUUCAAGAUGUUUGAUGUGGGUGGUCAGCGGUCUGAGCGGAAGAAGUGGAUCCACUGCUUUGAGGGCGUCACAGCCAUCAUCUUCUGUGUAGCCUUGAGCGCCUAUGACUUGGUGCUAGCUGAGGACGAGGAGAUGAACCGCAUGCAUGAGAGCAUGAAGCUAUUUGAUAGCAUCUGCAACAACAAGUGGUUCACAGACACGUCCAUCAUCCUCUUCCUCAACAAGAAGGACCUGUUCGAGGAGAAGAUCACACACAGUCCCCUGACCAUCUGCUUCCCUGAGUACACAGGGGCCAACAAAUAUGAUGAGGCAGCCAGCUAUAUCCAGAGUAAGUUUGAGGACCUGAAUAAGCGCAAAGACACCAAGGAGAUCUACACGCACUUCACGUGCGCCACCGACACCAAGAACGUGCAGUUCGUGUUUGACGCCGUCACCGAUGUCAUCAUCAAGAACAACCUGAAGGACUGCGGCCUCUUCUGAGGGGCAGCGGGGCCUGGCGGGAUGGGCCACCGCCGACUUUGUACCCCCCAACCCCUGAGGAAGAUGGGGGCAAGAAGACCACGCUCCCCGCCUGUUCCCCCGCCGCUUUUCUCCUCUUUCCUCUCUUUGUUCUCAGCUCCCCCUGUCCCCUCAGCUCCAGACGUAGGGGAGGGGUUGCCACAGGCCUCCCUGUUUGAAGCCUGCCCUUGUCUGAGGUGCUGGUAAUGGCCAUGGUACCCCCUUCUGGGCAUCUGUUCUGGUUUUUAACCAUUGUCUUGUUCUGUGAUGAGGGGAGGGGGGCACAUGCUGAGUCUCCCAAGGCUGCGUCUGGAGGGGCCCCUGCUUCUCCAGCCUGGACCCCCAGCUUUGCCCAACACCAGCCCCUACCCCAGCCCAAGUCCAAAUGUUUACAGGGAGCCUCCUGCCCAGUCCCCCACCCCCAGCCGCUCGGAGGCCCCAAAGGAAAAAGCACAAGAAGCGUGAGACGCCACCAUUCCUGGAAACCACAGUCCACCUGCUCAUUCUCAUAGCUUUUUAAAAAAAUGAAAGUAAAGGAAAAAAAAAAAAAAA